CUUUCUAGGGUAUCAAGGGACAUGAGAAAUGGGACGGUAAUCACAGAAUUCAUCCUCCUAGGCUUUCCUGUUAUCCAAGGCCUACAAACACCUCUCUUUAUAGCAAUACUUCUCAUCUACAUAUUAACCCUUACAGGCAAUGGGCUUAUUAUUGCCAUUGUGUGGGCUAUGCCCAGGCUACAAAUUCCAAUGUACUUCUUCCUUUGUAAUUUGUCUUUCCUAGAGAUCUGGUACACCACCACAGUCAUCCCCAAACUGCUAGAAACCUUUGUAGUGGCAAGAACGGUAAUCUGCAUUUCCUGCUGCCUGCUGCAGGCCUUCUUCCACUUCUUCCUGGGCACCACCGAGUUCUUGAUCCUCACUAUCAUGUCUUUUGACCGCUACCUGGCCAUCUGCAAGCCCCUUCGCUACCCCACCAUCAUGACCAGCAAACUCUGCCUGCAGCUGGCCCUGAGCUCCUGGGUGGUGGGCUUCACCACUGUCUUUUGUCAGAUGAUGCUGCUCAUCCAGUUGCCGUUCUGUGGCAAUAAUGUUAUCAAUCAUUUCUACUGUGAUGUUGGACCCAUUUUGAAAGCCGCCUGCAUAGACACCAGCAUUUUGGAACUCCUGGGUGUCCUGGCAACUGUCCUUGUGAUCCCAGGGUCACUCCUCUUUAAUAUGAUUUCUUAUAUCUACAUUCUGUUCACAAUCCUACGGAUUCCUUCAGCCACGGGCCGUCAGAAGACCUUCUCUACCUGUGCCUCGCACCUGACCGUUGUCUCCCUGCUCUAUGGGGCUGUUCUGUUCAUGUACCUAAGACCCACAGCACACUCCUCCUUUAAGAUUAAUAAGGUGGUGUCUGUGCUAAAUACUAUCCUCACCCCGCUUCUGAGUCCCUUUAUUUAUACCAUUAGAAACAAGGAGGUGAAGGGAGCCUUAAGAAAGGCAAUGACUUGCCCAAAGACUGGUCAUGCAAAGUAAAACAUGCAACACAUCAAAAUGAGCUUAAUGCAGAUAAAAACAAUUAAAGUUGAGAGAGGAUUUUGGAGAAGUUUGGUAAAACAGGCUCCCCC